GUGGCGUUUGUCGGACGAAGUGACACGCAAGUCAACGUAUCAGUAACAUUUAAGAGCGUUAAUGAUCCCCGGGAACAACAUGCUUGCCAUCGCCUUUGUUCUAUCGUUCUGCAUUCUAUAUGCUAACGCUGACUGUCCAGAUGGCUACAUGAAACAUCAAGGAUCAUGCUACCGAUUUCAUCACAGUGAGUUCACGUGGCCAGAAGCUGUGUCAUUCUGCCAUGCAUUCAAUGCUCAUUUGCUGAAAUUGGAGACAGAAGCUGAAUUCAUAUUUGUGAAAGGAAAGGCAAAGGAGGCAGGGGGUGAUGGAUAUUGGACUGGUGGCUCUGAUGCCGUGGAAGAAAAUAACUGGGUAUGGGCAGAGACUGGAACAGCACUCACCUUGACGAAUGACUGGGGUACUGGUGAACCCGAUCACGUGUCUGGUCGGGAUUGUCUUGGAAUCUGGGGGGCGGGAGAUUUCAAACUUGGAGCAUACGACUGUCGCCAUUUACUGAGACCUAUCUGUGAAGUAGAUAUUGAGACGCCCGCCCAAGGGAUCGUCGGAUAAGUGGAUUUUAAAGAAGCGGAAGAAGAUCGCGCCCCGGUAUAUCUGUACUUUUUUGUUAUACAGUGCUAUCAGAUUAAUGUCAUCAAUAAAAAACAAAUUACAAGCUA